UUCUCUAGGUGUGGAACGUUGAAAAAGAGGAAUUGAUGGGCACGUACAUGGGUCAUAUCGGACCUGUAUUGUCCUGUAUGUGGAGUCCUCUCAAACCACAAUUAAUAAUGACUGGUUCGUCGGAUUUUACGCUACAUGUAUGGAAUUAUACUUUACCGGAGCAAUCGCCAAAGCAACUUUCCGACAUUAAGGGUAAGAAGAAAAAGGGUAAGAAGAAGAAAAAGAAUUCAAAGACGGCCAAUAAUGAGAAUAAUGAGACUGUACCAAAUCCUGUUAAUGAAGUUCUUGAAGAAACUCAAUCUAAUUCAAGUAAAUAAUUU